UGGGGAAGGAGAAACACAAUCACCACAACCGGACACAAAAUUUGUUAAAUACGAUGAUAAGGUGAGACCCAUGAUCCUAACACAAUUAUGGUAAGAAAAAUGAAUAAAAUAAAAAAGCAUACAUUGUUUUCUAAUCUAAAAAAUGUAAGGGUGUGAGUUCAGUGUCCUUAUCCUUAAUGCCAUACAAUGGUAAUUAAAGACGAAAAUAGCAUGUUGAAUAGUAUUGAUCCGAAAAAUAUGAUAGUGGAGACCAGGUAUAAUACUCUCCUCUGUCCCGAGACUGGUGCGGAAACGAGCACUAGUGAGCUAAAAUGCAGACAUUAUAUUCUAUCAAGAGGGGCUAAUGUCUCCAUGAAAAAGAAGCUCUGUAGAUACUGCAGGGCCAUGCUUAUAAUGCAUAUCUCUCCGCAAGUGAAGAACUCGUUAGAAUCCGUAAAUUAGUAAUUAAGUUUUGCGUGAACCUAGUCAUUGAAUAGCAUGAAAAUUUCAAAAGAAAUACUACUAGCCUCUACCAUUAUCUGUAACCCACUCACUCGUUUCCGCUGGAGGAGAAAACUUUUCCUUCCUAUGUAAGAAAAACUUUCUUUUUAAAAAGUUUCCGUCUGACGUCAACACCUCUUUCGCAAAGUCCACAGGACAGCUACUCCAAAACUCACAUGAAAAUGUCCAUUCUAGUUUCAUAACCGCUUCAAGUUAAACGAGGGCAAGCCCAUUAGGGGGGUUUUAGUGUUAAUAUGAGUCGUAGUUUACUUAGACAGUAGACGACAGGUAGUUUAUUUGCUCGUUCGACCGGCGGUCUGGUUCGAUCCACUCCUAAUCAUAUUUUUCAUGAGGGUCAGAAGGGGCUGUGAUUCAAAACUAGCUGAAGUUUGAAGCUAUGCGUUUACGCAGAUCGGAUCGCUAUGUUGUGAAUAAACGACGGAGGAAAAUUUUUGACAAAUUGCGACUGGAAGAAGUAUAAUUAAAUCGAAUAUCAUGUGGUUCGAGAUUUUCAAUUCUAAAAUGGCAGUUUGGCUGUUGUUGAUGCUUCUGGGUUCGAACUUUGUCAGCAAUUCAAUUGCUUAUACUUCGCAUUCCUCUUCAACUGACACCACCAUGCACACCAACAACUGGGCUGUCUUGGUCUGCACUUCUCGCUUCUGGUUUAAUUACCGGCACAUGGCUAAUACUUUAUCUUUGUAUAGGACAGUUAAGAGACUAGGAAUACCUGAUGAGAGGAUAAUACUUAUGUUGGCUGAUGAUAUGGCUUGCAAUGCUAGGAAUAAGUACCCUGCCCAAGUCUUUAACAAUGAGAAUCACAGACUUAACUUAUAUGGAGAUAAUGUUGAGGUUGACUAUCGAGGUUAUGAAGUGACAGUUGAAAAUUUUUUGCGGGUUUUGACUGGGCGCCAUGCUACUGCUGUUCCAAGAUCAAAACGUCUUUUAAGUGAUGAAGGAAGUCAUAUCCUCCUGUAUAUGACUGGACAUGGAGGAGAUGAAUUCUUAAAAUUUCAGGAUUCUGAAGAGCUCCAAAGUCAUGAUUUAGCUGAUGCUGUGAAACAAAUGAAGGAAAAGCAUAGGUUCAAGGAAUUGUUGAUAAUGGUGGAUACGUGCCAAGCUGCCACUCUAUUCAAUCAGCUUCAUUCACCUGGUGUUUUGGCUAUUGGAAGUAGCAUGAAAGGAGAGAAUUCAUACUCGCAUCACUUGGACUCUGAUGUUGGUGUUUCUGUUGUGGAUCGUUUUACAUUCUACACCCUUGCAUUCUUUGAGAGGCUAAAUAUGUAUGACAAUGCCUCAUUGAGCAGCCUUUUUUCGUCAUAUGAUCCAAAUACACUGAUGUCGACUGCAUAUUACCGAACCGAUAUAUACCAACGACGUUUGGAGCAGGUACCUGUGACGAACUUUUUUGGUUCUGUCAUGGAAACUAUACAUACUGACUCUGCUUAUCAAGUCCACCAAAGAAAAAACACUGAUCUAGCUGAAAAUAAGACACCUUUGGAGAAAUCAGUUCAUCAUGGAGAGAGUACUUCGAUAAAUUAUGUUCCGGAUCAAAUUAGUGAUGUCAAGACCAAGGGUCAGGUUUGCCCUUUUACACAAAUGUGGAGUGAUCUCAACCGCGAGAUGGAAAAAAUUGGACAUGUUGAUUUGUUGGUGAAUUAUGGUUUGGUAUUGAUGCUUCCUUUGUUGAUAGUUUCUGCAUGGCUGUCAUCAUGAAGAAUUAAUUGUAGCUGAUACUGUUUCAUCAUCUCCAUCUAGGAACUGUUCUGCCUGCCAAAUUUUUUGGUUCGCAGUUCAUGACUCCAUAUCUGCUGAUAUACAAUUAGAUUGAUACAUGUGUCGUUUUUUUUCUUUGAUACAAUGUUUGAUAAGCUGUAAUAGAAUGUAAUGCAAUCAAAUACAUAAAAACAUCGAGAAGGAUCUGAAUUGAAGUUGCAACAAUUGAGAGAGAUUUUUUGCGAGUUUUGUGCUUAUCUUGGAUAAUCCUUCUACCUCUCUUGUUAAAGGUUGCUCUUUGGCUCAAGUACAAUCAACUUUUUUUCUUCUA